AUGUCCAAGACUGCACAGAAACGUUUGUUGAAAGAACUAGAGAAAUUGACUAAGGAUAGCCCAGAGGGAAUACUCGCCAGUCCGAUUGAUGAUUCGAAUUUGUUCCAGUGGGAUUGUUUGAUCAUGGGUCCACCGGAUUCCUGCUACGAAGGUGGCGUCUUCAAUGCAAGAUUGGAUUUCCCUAAAGAUUAUCCAUUGAAUCCUCCAAAACUUACGUUCCAACCUAGUAUUCUACAUCCUAAUAUCUAUCCUAACGGUGAAGUGUGUAUAUCCAUUCUUCACUCUCCUGGGUCUGAUCCAAAUAUGUACGAACACGAGUGUGAGAGAUGGUCACCAGUUCAAAGCGUCGAAAUGAUAUUGCUCAGUGUGAUGAGUAUCCUAAGUGAACCAAACAUUGAGUCUGGAGCUAACAUCGACGCUUGCAUUCUAUGGAGAGACAAUAGACCGGAAUUCGAAAGACAGGUCAAGUUGAACUUGCUAAAAUCUUUAGGUUUCUAA